UCGAAGAAGCGCGGCGUUAUGUUGGCGAUACUGAUCGUGUCGUGCUCGUGCAACACUUCAGGAGAUUCACCAUAACCUCCAAACUGGAGCGUGCGUCAUUUUCAUAUUUCAUUAGCAGUUUCUUGAGUCUGUCGAGAUGGUCGACGCGUCAACGAAGAAGACUUUGAGUAACAUUCCAUUGUUGCAAACGAAAGCUGGACCUAGAGACAAAGAUUUAUGGGUGCAAAGAUUGAAAGAGGAAUAUCAGGCUCUUAUCAAGUAUGUCAAAAAUAAUAAGGAGGCAGACAAUGACUGGUUCCGUCUGGAAUCAAACAAGGAAGGCACCAAGUGGUUCGGCAAAUGUUGGUACAUGCAGAAUUUCCUAAAGUACGAAUUUGAUGUAGAAUUUGAUAUUCCCAUUACAUACCCUACAACAGCACCUGAAAUUGCUUUACCAGAAUUAGAUGGUAAAACUGCAAAAAUGUACAGAGGUGGCAAAAUCUGCUUAACUGAUCACUUCAAGCCAUUGUGGGCUCGCAAUGUUCCCAAAUUUGGUAUCGCUCAUGCAAUGGCUCUUGGUUUGGGACCGUGGCUGGCAGUGGAAAUUCCAGAUCUUAUAGAAAAGGGCAUCGUAGUUCACAAAGACGACGAAAAAAAAUCGUGAAGUGGCAAUGUGCGGGAUGACAAAAUGUGACUAUUGAAUAAAUUAAUUUUUAAUUAUUAAGCCUAUUAUUUGAAAGAGAGAAUUUAUACAAUUUAUACAAAUUUUGUUAAGUUUUUGCACGCGUAAAAGUAAACACAAGAUAUUGUAAAAUAUUUACGGAUUGUUGUAUAAUAUUUUUACAUAAUUAUAUUAUUAAAGCUUUAUUUAUUUUAAGCUUUAAAGAUUUUUAUAAUUCAAUUUGAUCACAUAAUUAUGGAAUUGAUAUUACUAUUUGCAUAUUACAAUUAAUUCUAAUAGCAAGAUUGUCAGAUUUAAUUAUGAAUAUCGUAACAUAUAAGGAAAACAUUAGAAAGAUAUUUUUUUUAACAUUAAGAUACAUUAGACUGAAUUGUAGUAGUUAUAAUUAAACUUUACAUUGUAAAUACCAAAUGAGGCGCUACACGCCUUACAAUCUUUCAUUUCUAUUUGUAAAUUCAAAUAUUUUUAAAAUUUUAUUAUUUGUUAAAUAAUUCUCUGUAAUGCACAACUAUAAAUAUAUAUAUUUUUUUUAGUUCGUGGAUUUCUACAUUUUAAUUCUACAAUGUCUUAUGUUUACUGCGACGUACAUACAUACAUACAAUAUUUACAUUGUUUAACGCGCUAUCAAAUAAAAACUAUUUAAUACAAA